GUUUCCAGCUUGUCCUAUGGCCUUUCUGUAAUGCAGGUCACUCCCGUAGUAUUCCUAAAUCGCUCCCACCACCGGAAUCUGGGACACAUUUUGUCAGCAGCCGCAAAGCAUGGCUCCUUCUGUGGUAACUGAAUAGCCAGUGUAAUUUGACACUUCAACUUGCCGUGGCUCUCUACGGUAGUUGAUUCAGUCACUCACACGCUAACGCUACGGUGAUCGGUUUUUCUUGUAUUUGUGAAGUGAAAAGGAACGCAGUGUAGGUCUACACGAAAUUCGGGAAAACAAAGCGGAUUUCUUCUCCUAGCCGAGCUAAAAGUCCGGUGAAGACCAGUGAGGAAGGAUCCUGAAGGAUAUACAUGGGAUGGGUGGGGGUGAGGGGGGCUUGUGACAUCACUCCCAGCCCAGGUCAGAGUUCACACAGGCAUGUUCUAUGAUUGAUGAGGAAGUAGCGAAGGCUUUGGUUAAUAGGAAACACAAGAACCUCCCUCUCCGCUGAGUGUUGAUGGCGUCACGUUAGGCUAGAGGACAGGAAGCAGUCAUCAAGAUGAACGCGUUGCCGUCAAUGGAUCGGCACAUCCAGCAGACCAACGACAGGCUGCUGUGUAUCAAACAGCACUUACAGAACCCGGCCAACUUCCACACCGCAGCGACAGAGCUGCUGGACUGGUGCGGAGACCCCCGAGCCUUCCAGAGACCUUUCGAACAAAGCCUCAUGGGAUGCCUAACGGUGGUGAGUCGUGUGGCAGCCCAACAAGGCUUUGACCUGGACCUAGGCUACAGGCUGCUGGCUGUUUGUGCUGCUAACAGAGACAAAUUCACGCCCAAGUCUGCAGAAACCAACACCUGCAGGAGAUGUCAGAGUGACUCAGCCCUGCUGUCAUCGUGGUGCGAGGAGCUGGGUCGCCUCCUGCUGUUGCGUCACCAGAAGAGCAGACAGAAUGAGCCUCCGCAGGGCAAAGUCCCCAUGCAGCCCAACAUGAACACCAUGAAACCCCCUGGAGGACUCUCACACGGUGAUGGGUCAUUUACCUACGACUCGGUUCCAUGGCAACAGAACAACAACCAGCCCCCAGGGUCAUUGUCUGUGGUUACCACCGUGUGGGGUGUGACCAACACGUCACAGAGUCAGGUGUUGGCCAACAGCUCCAGCCAUAUGAACCCAGGAGGUAACCCCAUGGGUCAGGGUAUGUCUGGGGGUCCGGCAGGCCUCAACUCCCCCCAGUUCUCCGGCCAGCAGCAGCAGUUCCCGGCCAAGGGAGGCCAGGGCCCGGGCUACAUGCAGCAGGGGAUGUAUGGCAGGCAGGGAUACCCCAGUGGAGGGGGCUACAGCGGGAGUUACCCAGGUGGUCCUAACACUCCCCCAGGGGGGAUGGGGAUGCCCCAACACUCCCGCCAGCCUGGCGACUUCACCCAGCCAGCAGCUGCCGCUGCUGCUGCCGCUGUCGCUGCCGCCGCUGCUACGGCAACUGCCACGGCAACCGCUACCGUGGCAGCCAUGCAGCAAGAGACCCAGAACAAAGAGAUGAACCAGUAUGGACAGAUAUGUUCCUCCUUCCAGAUGGGCCCAACUCAGGCGUACAGCAACCAGUUCAUGAACCAGCCUGGCCCCAGAGGGCCCCCUGGAGGCAUGAACCCAGGCAGCAUGGGCCAGGCCAUGAACAACCCCAGCAUGGGUGGGCCUCCCAUGGGCAUGAACCAAACUCGAGCCCCAGCCAUGGGGCCUUUUGGGGCUCACGGCCAGAGGAUGUCCCAGCAGGGCUACGGAGGACCUGGAGGCCCCAGGCAGGCCAUGCCUAUGCAGGGAAUGAAGAGGCCCUAUCCUGGAGAGCCAAACUACGGGGGUCAGCAGUAUGGUCCUAAUGGUCAGUUCCCUCCCCAGCAGAGUCAGUACCCCACCUCUAACCCCUCCAGGCCAAUGCCCUCCCCCAACUACCCGGGCCAGAGGAUGCCUGGGGGGCAGGGGCCAGGCCAGUACCACCCGCAAGGCAUGCCCAUGGGACAGUACUAUAAGCAAGAGCCAUUCAAUGGUCAGAACAGCAACUUCUCUGGUGGUGUAUACUCAUAUAGUCAAGGCAACGGGGCCCCCAGGCCAGGUAACUACCCCCACUCCCCGGUGCCUGGUAAUCCCACACCUCCCAUGACCCCCGGAAGCAGUAUGCCUCCGUACCUCUCGCCCAACCCAGAUGUCAAGCCGCCGUUCCCGCCAGACAUGAAACCAAAUAUGACAGUGCUUCCACCUCCCAAUACCACAGAUACAUUUAAACGGAAAGCUGACGUCCUAUCUUCCUGUCCUGUCUCUCCGCUCCAAUCAGCCAAUCCCAACGAGGAGCUGCGGUUGACCUUCCCGGUCCGGGACGGCGUGGUAUUGGAACCCUUCCGGUUGGAACACAACCUCGCCGUCAGUAAUCACGUCUACCACCUGCGACCGUCGGUACAUCAGACCCUCAUGUGGAGGUCAGACCUGGAGCUUCAGUUCAAGUGUUACCACCACGAGGACCGACAGAUGAACACCAACUGGCCUGCCUCCGUCCAGGUCAGUGUCAACGCCACGCCCCUGACCAUCGAGCGAGGCGACAACAAGACGUCCCAUAAACCCUUGCACCUGAAGCAAGUGUGCCAGCCCGGCAGAAACACCAUCCAGAUCACUGUCACUGCCUGCUGCUGUUCGCACCUGUUUGUGCUGCAGCUGGUCCACAGGCCUUCAGUCCGCUCCGUCCUGCAAGGGCUCCUGAAGAAGAGACUCCUGCCUGCAGAACACUGCAUCACCAAGAUUAAGAGGAACUUCAGCAGCGUAGUGGCCUCGUCGGGUAACACCAGUCUAAACGGGGAGGACGGCGUUGAGCAGACCGCCAUCAAAGUCUCCCUCAAAUGUCCAAUCACCUUCAGGCGCAUCCAGCUGCCUGCCAGGGGGCAUGACUGCAAACACGUACAGUGUUUUGAUCUGGAGUGGUAUCUGCAGCUGAACUGUGAGAGGGGGACGUGGAGGUGUCCUGUGUGCAAUAAAACUGCAUUGUUAGAGGGUUUAGAGGUGGACCAGUACAUGUGGGGAAUCCUCAACGCCAUCCAGAAUUCGGAGUUUGAGGAGGUGACCAUUGACCCAACGUGUAGCUGGCGGCCGGUGCCCAUCAAGUCUGACCUCCAUAUUAAAGAAGACCCUGAUGGACCGCUGGCCAAACGCUUAAAGACCAUGAGCCCCUCCCAGAUGACCAUGCCCAACGUCAUGGAGAUGAUCGCCCAGCUGGGCCCUGGCCCCUCCCAUUACCCAUCAGGCCCUGCUCAGCACGGGGGAGGCGGCACCGGGGGAAACCCAGGGGAGUACGGUGGCCCCAGAGGCCCAGGCAACAAUUACCACGGCCACGGGAACUUUGACUUCCCCCACGGUAACCCCUCAGGCGGGGGAGGAGGAGGAGGUGGACUGAGAGGGGGAGGAGGAUCCCCCAUGAGUGACUUUAUCAACCCCCCUCAGCUGUCCCACCUCCCAGACGUUCCUGUGGUUCUCCUAUCCCAGGACAAGCCCCUCAGCCACGGCAUCAACGACCCCAUGUCUCAUCCUUCCACCACUGAUCAGCACCAUAAUUCCAUGCAACAGCAGAGUGCACACGUGCCUCCUCACCCCAACAGCCAGUCGUUACAUCACGGUGGCAGCCAAGCAGGGCAGUCGUUGCAUCACAGCAGCCAAUCGUUGCAGCCCCCUCGCCAGCAGGCCCCAACUCCCCAACAGCAGCAAGGCCAGAACAGUCGCCCGCAUGGCGAUAUGAACUUUAACCACUCGUCCUCGGGCAUCGAAGGUCAAAUUAGUGGUGACAUGCCUGAGCCCUCCCUAGAUCUGCUUCCAGAGCUGGCCAACCCAGAUGAGCUCCUGUCCUAUCUGGAUCCUCCAGACCUCCCCUCCAACAGCAACGAUGACCUCCUCUCCCUCUUCGAGAACAAUUAACCUUUCACCUCCCUCACCGCUCGAGCCGAACCCAAACCUUCUCCACAGACAGACACACACACCACAGGGUGUGUCCAACCAGCUGGACUCUCCAUAGAGUCCAUAGACACACCGUCGUCCUCAUAUGGACUGGUAGUGGGGACAUCGUCAAGUCACACACACACACACACAAACAAUGACGUGUAGGUGGCAUAGGAGCAACGCUGAGAUCAUCUGUCAGAACAUGAGGCGAUGAUGAGGAUGACAGGGAGUGGACACUGUGUGUGACAGAGUUUGGAAACAGAAAAUGCACUCAUGACCUCACUUCCUCUUCCUCACACACACUCUUCCUCGUGUAAAGACUCUUUACACUGCUCCGCUGCGGAGCUCCUCCGGCCGACAACAUCGACGGCCAUGUCGGUUGUCUACCCCUUCAGUGAUAUUUUAUCUCUUGUCUUUUCCAACUUAAACUGUGCAGCUAAUAAUCACGUUCUAUGUGUAGGACGUCACACAGGCCGAACUCUCUGUGUGAGCUUUUAGGGAAAAGUGUUGUAGCAUUUUGUAUCGUCCUUAUUUCCCCCUUAUACAAAAAAAGGAAAAAAAAUAGAUGAAUAGGGAAGAAAAGUCAUCUUCUUGUCCUAGCCAGUGUUUAUAUCUAUCCUCUUUUGACAUGUGUUCUUCCAAGCCCUGACCCCCUGAGACCACAGCCUUUAACCCCUGACCUUUGACCUACAGUGUGUUCUUAUAACCUCUGACCUUUAGCUCAUAGUGUGUAUUUCCAACGGGACGUCCGUCAUCACUGGGUACGUACCAUCCAGUCUAAGUGAAGCACAACCGACGGUGGGUCACACCACACCACGUGGCAGGCAGAGCCCUGGGAGGAGAGACCAAGGCCUGUGGAUGAGGAUCCUAACCUAGCUAGCUAGCCCACCCAGUCUACAUAAGAAUCAGCACUGUUAACUCUAUUCAGUCUGUCUAUCGCCCCCCUCCAAUGUUGUUCAAGUUUCUCUUCCCUGGUGUUACAGUACAAUGCCAUAUCGGACAGUGGGCUAUGCAAAAGUACAUUUUACAAAAAACUUUGUUUUAUGUGUGUAUCUGUGUGUAUGUGCUAGAGAAAGAGUGAGGAUGAGAGUGAUAGAAAAAGAGAAGUACAGAGUCCGUCCUUAUUUAGUCUAUCAUAGAGACACAGCUAGUGUUGCAAAAGAUAGUCGGCAAUUCUAAUAGAGCCAGAUCCCUCUUUAACGUGAGACUUCCUCUGUUCUACAGGCCUGCAAUUGCUCCUGUAACCAUACUGUGUGGUGUUAAGAAGUGCAUGUGUGCCAAUGGUCUUUGUUCUAGAUUAGCCAGAAACAUUCUAGCCAUUGCAUUUUUUUAUCAUGAUUUCAUUUGACAUUUUCAUGCAAAGGAAUGGUUUUGGCUAAUGUCCAGCUUUUUUCUUUUCAUGUUUCUUUUAUUUCUACUGUUCAUUGGAAAAUGGCCAUGCGUGAUGCAUCACCAAAGUUAUCCUACAGUUUGUAGAAGGAGUUAGGUUGGACAUCUACUAUAAUGUAAGAAUAAUAUGGUCUAAGGCACUGCAUCUCAGUGCUAGAGGCGUCACUACAGACCCUGGUUAGAUUCCAGGGUGUAUCACAACCGGUCGUGAUUUGGAGUAUCAUAGGGCGGCUCAGAAUUGGCCCAGCGUCUUCCAGGUUAGGGUUUGGCUGGGGUAGGCCGUCAUUGUAAAUAAGAAUAUGUUCUUAACUGACUUGCCUAGUUAAAUAAAGGUUACACAAUACAUCAAAACACUUAGGGAGCCCAUCAAAAAGUGUUCUGAACUGAUGUGUGGUUGCACUGCAUUU